AUGAAAAUGUAAGUUUUUGAUUUUACCAGUCUGUCCAUUUACAUCUUUGACUUUCCAAGAUUUAUUGAUGCAACACAUUUUAAAGUAGCUACAAGUGUAAACUUUGUAUUAACAUUUUUAUUUUUUUAUUCAUUUGUGCCAGAUUAGUAUGUAUAUUUCUUCCGGUUGCAGCUCUGGUGUCAACUGCCCCUAUAAGAGGUAUUGAUCUAAAGAUGUAAAAGAAAAAUCAUGAAAUGUGCCUUUAAGGAUGGUCAAAUUCUGUUGUUUAUGAUCAAGGAUAUUUGAAUAAGAUAACCCAAGGACACUUUUUCUUUUUUUUAUUUCUUUCCAGUCCGAAGAGAAAACGUGUUGAGCUUUCUAGAGAGUAAGUGCUCUUUUUGUUUGUCAACUCUGUUACCUCGAAAUCCGUGAAUCUGUGUAUGUAAGUCAUGUGAACGUCUAACUGAUGAUCUUUAACUAUUUAUUUAGAUGCACAUGACACGACCACUGCAAGGACCAUACAUGCAACUUCAUCAGGUUUGUGGUUCAAAUCAAAGCCAGUAAAUGUGCUGAGAUCAUUUUUUAUUAUUUUUGAAUCAGCAGGUCAGGUUACAUCCCACUUGGACAACUUAUCUCAUCAGAUUCUUAAAGUAGUUUUUGUUCCCCAUAAAAAGAGAUGUGAAGUGUAUAAAUCAAGAGGGGAAAAAAGUUUAAAGAUAUUCAUAGUAUUGGGGUUUCUUUGAAGAAGUUGAUACUUCAGGAAUUUUCUGUAUCAAAGCCUUUUACAUUUGGGAUCAUUCCUACUAUCUCAAUGCUUCAUCACCAUAUUCUCUAUCUAUUCAGCAGCCAUUAAAAUCACUCCAACUGAUCCCGAGAAAGAGCAAGUGUCUGCAGGUACAUUUUACAGUUUUUGUCUUCUGAAAUAAUCAUAACAGAUUAGUAUUUACAUUUUGAGUUACAUAUCAGAGUACACACCAGCUGUUGAUUGGUUAUUAAUAAGCAUCUUUUUCAUUCACAGAUAAUUCAGAGGCAAAAUCCAGAGAGAGGUUUGGUACUAAUGGAUAUGCAGGUAUGUGGGCUUUAAAUGUAAAGUACAUGGAAAACUAAUUUAUUUCCGUAAAAUACAUUGCUAGGAUUUCAAAAACUGUCCGAUACACACUUUGAUAAUUGAAAUGAUACAUGAAAAAGGAUAUUGUAUCAAUAAAUUGUUCUGUGUCCAGAUUCAGUCAAAGACCCUGAUAGCCAUGAGGCCAUGAAUCCUGCGGUCAUGGAGAAAGGUCCUUCACAGAGAAGAACAGGAGGCACAAACACAAACAAUACUGGGCUGAAGGAUGUUAGCAGCAGACCAGUUCAGGAUCUGGGGAGCAGAGAGCACCCUGGGCCUGCUGAAGCACAUCGAGCCAGCGUAGAACAGAUCGACCUUAACAGCCAGGAAGGGCUAACAGUGGGUGCCCGUGAUUUGGUUAAUUUGAGUGGAGAGCAAGUGAAUGAUGGCGUCAGUCAGGGCACCAACCUCAGGAGAUGGGCUCCUUCGCCAAGAGUUAAUGGGUUAAACAGCCUGUCAGCCCCGGGUCGGCGUAGAGAGGUGCAGGAUCCUGACAGUCUAGAGGAGAACAAUGGUAGACCUGCUCCAGCAGGCAACAGAGGAAACACAGACUAUGACGGUAAGACGAGAUACUUUUUAUGACAUACAACUGUGGGAAGACUAAGGCUAAACAAUCACUUUUAAUAUCUUAACAGAAACCAAAGAAGUGAUCAGCUCUGAAGUUAAUCCAGUUGGUAAGAGCUGUGAUAAUUAGUGAAUGUAGCUAAAUUUGAUUUCACUGACCCCUGCCUGAAAAGCUCUGUCACAGCUUGAUCCUCUUUUUUUUAUGUGUGUUUCAGCAUCUCCGGGGAACAUACCCAGUGGCUUGUCUAUUCCAGCAAAAAGCAAAGCAUCCUGA